AUGAAUCAGCCGAUAUUUUCCACCGAUCAACCUGAACUGACCAGUUCUCCCUGCUUACAGGGGGAACGGGUCACGUUUACCGGGACUCUUGCCUCGCUGACGCAUGCCGAGGCAGCGCAGCUGGUUGAGGAAAAUGGCGGGACCGCCACCGAUUAUGUCAGUCGGCAGUUGACGAUGUUAGUCAUCGGGGAGGAAGGCUGGCCGCUGGAAGACAAUGGUCAACCGUCGGUAAAGCUGCAACAGGUCAGCUCCGCCCGCAGACUCAGCGAUUUGAUGAACGCCGGGAUCACGCGAGAGGAGAUUCUCGAUAGCCUCAAGCAACUUCCCUCGGUCCGUAGAGGGGAUGAACGACCGCUGGAGCAACUCCAGAUCCUCGCCCACAGCCUGGGAGUCCUCGUCCGCGAUUCACACGGUCUGGUGAUGCCCGCCAGUGGUCAGCGCGUCUUUGAUUUCGAUUCAGAACCAGAAUUUGAAGAACCUGUUGAACCGACCAAAUCCCCUUCGACCUUGCUGAACAAUAUUGCUCACAGUCCUGAUGCUCCUGUUGAGGAAUUGAAUCGAGACUGGCUGGUCGAAGGCUGCCGCCUGUACGAUGCGGGCAAUGUGGCUGACGCUCUUGAAGCCUUUCGACUGGCAGCCAUGUCUUCCCCACAAAGUUCAGACGUGCACUUUCAGCUGGGUGAAUGCCUCUAUCGGCUCGGCAAUAUUCAGGGGGCACUAGAGAGAUAUUACGCAGCUGCCGAGCAUGAUCGCGACUUUCUCGAAGCCUGGACGCAGAUUGGUUGCCUGCAUAACGAACUGGAAGAGAGAACCUCCGCCCGCACUGCGUUUCAGGUGGCUCUUUCCAUUCUCCCCGAGUACCCGGAUGCCCAUUACCAUCUGGCAGAGACACUCAACGAACUGGGCGAAACCGCACUGGCCCGGCAACACUGGCAGGAAUACCUCAAACACGACCACCGCGGCCCCUGGGCCGACAUCGCCCGCGCGCGGCUUGAUAACUUGGGCUGA